AGUUGCAGCCAUGAAUACGCGACGCAGCACUGGCAGCAGCAGCAAAAAGAGCAACAACUAUGCAGCAGCCCUGAACACCAAGACUAUAACGCCCGAGCUGCAUGCAAUCAAUGCAAAGAUCUGUCGCCUGGUCGAGAAUUAUCCUUGCAUGUACGAUCGCUCGCAUGCGUUCUAUAUGCGAAAGUCACAUAUCGAAUACGCCUGGGAGGAAAUUGCCACAGAGAUGAACGAUAGCGUGGACAAUUGCAAGGAGCGCUUUAGAAACAUACGCACCAGCUUUGCACGCUCGAUUAAUGUGCAGCGCCGCUCGAAUCGCGUCAAGCCUUAUUAUCUUAGCGAGGAGCUGGAGUUUCUCAGGAAGCACAUCACGCCCGGCGUGCCGGUGCCUGUCAGGGGUAGACGCUCACGUGACAGCUUUCGCCGCGGUGACGAUGAGUUUGAGGAUGACGAUGAGGACAACCCCAAUGCAAUGCUGGUAGUCAAACAGGCGCCAAGCAGCGAUGAAAACGAAAGCGACUGCAGUUCGGAGCGGCUGCCGGACGAGCAUGCGCUGAGCAGCAUCUACGCUCACGAACAGUCCAGAGAUAGCAGUCGCUACGAGCCCAAGGCCGAGCCGCAAUCACACAGCGACGAGGACGCAUCGAAAACGACAAACUUUCUUGAGCAACAGAGUCAUCAUCUCAUUCCACCAAAGAAACGUCAGCGAACAGUUGCUGAAAGCGCCAAAAUGACUGAGACUCCAGCCAGCAGCAGCAGCAACAUUCAGAGCGAUGCAACAACCCUCUCCGAGAGUCGACCUGUUGCCAUGGAUGCUGAUGACGCAUUUCUGCACAGUCUUCGACCUGACCUCAAUCACAUGAAUUUUCAUCAAAAACUGUACUUCAAGCAGCGCGUCUAUGCGGUGCUUGGUGAGAUCUUUGGCACCGUCAACAGUCAGCAGCAGCAGCGUCUCAAUGGCCAAACGGAAACCAUUGUGGCCGCACUAUCUCCCCAACCGCAAUUGAUACACUACUCGCGCUCGGGCCUGCAGCUACCCAGGCUGGCUCCCGCCCCGAAGCCCUCGCACGAUGGGUAGGCGGCAAAGUGAUGCAAGUGGUAGUAGCCAAGCCCAAAGAAGGCCGCAGCUGUGCAUUCGAUUCAGCUGCGUUUUCCAUUCGAAUUUACGUUGUACAAUAACAAAAUAAGUUGUUUAAUCAUUACCCUAAGCCAUGUGAAGAUGUUUCGAAAUGUAAGAACUAUUUACGUUAUAAUCUCAAACACUAAUCGUUACUUUGACAACUUAAGGAAAGUUAGAACAUAGAAAAUAUUUUUGAUUUAUAUGUUUUUUGGAGACUUUAACUAAAUCGUACAUACUUUUGUACCUUUUACUCGGCGUUCGAGUACUUAAAUCUAAAUACUUAGUUAUACCUAUGUACAUACAUAUAAUUUAAUA